UCGGGCCAGGGGCGAGUGGGCCAGGAUGUGCGACGGGCCGGCGAGGCGGAAGGUCGGGAUCGUGGGCUUUGGGCAUUUGGGCCAGUAUCUGGUGCAGAGACUCCAGGACGAGGGACCCCGGCACGGACUGGAACUCGCCUUCGUCUGGAACCGGGACGUGGGGAAGCUGCAGGGGAAGGUGCCGGUUCCCCUCCAGCUGCAGGAGCUGGGCCGGUUCCCCGAGCGCGCGGUGGAUCUGGUGGUGGAAGUGGCUCAUCCCUGCGUGGUCCGGGACCACGGCGCCUCCUUCCUGUCCGGGGCAGACUUCAUGGUGGGUUCCCCCACGGCGCUGGCUGACCAGGCCACGGAGAUGCGGCUGCGGGAAGCUGCCCGGCGUGGGGGGCACACGCUGUACGUGCCCCGGGGGGCGCUGUGGGGCGGCGAGGACAUCCAGCGGAUGGAUGACAGGGGCGUGCUGCAGGGCCUGAAGGUGACCAUGAUGAAGCACCCGGACAGCUUCCGGCUGGAGGGGGCGCUGCGGGAGCGGCUGGGGGCCGGGCGGGCCGUGCUGUACGAGGGGCCCGUGCGGGGCCUCUGCCCCCUGGCCCCCAACAACGUCAACACCAUGGCGGCCGCUUGCAUGGCCGCCCCCAGCCUGGGCUUCGACGGGGUCCAGGGGUGCCUCAUUGCUGACCCCGGCCUCCCUGACUGGCAUGUGGUGGAGGUGGAGGUGACCGGCCCGUCCGGCGAGCGCAGGGACCAGGCCUUCACGGUCACCACCUGCCGCAGGAACCCAGCCUCCCCCGGAGCGGUCACCGGCACGGCUACCUUCCCUUCUUUCUGGAGCAGCCUGCUGGCCUGCCAGGGCCACCGAGGGCAUGUCGUUUUGUGCUGAUGCUGGUUCGGGGCCGGAGGGACCCGGCUGAAGCCAGUGGGGCUGGUAGUGUGUGUUGCCGGAGGGCGGGGGAGGUGUCCCCUCUGACCAAGAGAUCAUUAAAGGGCAGGGUGGCAGGGAGGAAGGGUGGGAAAUCUUUUGUACUUGGUCCCAGAGGCAUGAUGGGGGGUUUAGUUCUUACUCCCUGGAGCUGAGUGGGAGUCACAGGGUAUGUAACCCCCUCCUGCAGAGACUGAUGUCAGCUGUUGCUUUUGGGUUAUGACGGGAACGGUACAGUAGAACCUCAGCGUUAUGAACACCCACGUGAUGAACUGGCCGGUCAAGAACACCUAGGGUGACCAGACAGCAAGUGUGAAAAAUCGGGACGGGAUGGGGGAUAAAAGGAGCCUAUAUAAGAGAGAGAUCCCAAAAUCCGGACUGUCCCUAUAAAAUCGGGACAUCUGGUCACCCUAACCACACCCCCUCCGUGGGAACCGGACCUACGCAGUCAUGCAACAGCCGCAGAGACAAACCGACAAAGCCAGUACAGUCCUGUGUUCAAUGUAACCGACUACAGCGAAAGUUUAAAAAAAGAGAAAGAUUUGAGGAGG